CUUUGGUUGCUCUAUUGUGUAUGAUUGGAUGGGAAUGCCAACACAACUAUCCAUAAACUACACGAGAACUAUUGGGUUAUCAACCAAACAACAACAACAGUUACUUUUUCGGUUUGCUGUACUUUUGAUUGCGUGUUGUGUGUCCUUCUGUAUUCGUCUCUUUGCGGUGAUCAGAUAUGAAAGCAUCAUCCACGAGUUUGAUCCUUGGUUCAACUUUCGAGCCACCAAAGUUCUUGUGGAACAAGGAACUUUUGAGUUUUGGAAUUGGUUUGACUCGGCUAGUUGGUAUCCUUUGGGAAGGAUUGUGGGGGGUACUGUUUAUCCAGGAAUCAUGUAUUCUGCAGCUACCAUCUAUCACAUCUUACACGCUUUGACAUUCCCAGUGGAUAUUAAGGAUGUGUGUGUGAUGAUGGCUCCACUUUUCUCCUGCUUUACCAAUAUUGUCACUUAUUUCUUCACAAAGCAAGUCUCAGACACUACAGCAGGAUUAUUCGCAGCUUGCUUCAUCGCUAUGGUUCCAGGAUACCUUUCAAGAUCAGUUGCGGGAAGUUAUGAUAACGAAUGUGUGGCAAUCACUGCUAUGAUACUUUGUUUCUUUCUGAUCGUCAAAAGUGUACACACGGGUUCCUUGUUUUGGUCAGGAUUGACUUGUUUAGCUUACCUUUAUAUGGUUGCCUCAUGGGGUGGUUAUGUAUUUAUCACAAAUAUUUAUCCAAUCUAUGUAUUGGUGUUGAUUCUUUGUGGAAGAUAUUCUCAACGAUUAUAUGUGGCAUAUUCUACUUUUUAUGUCAUCGGAACACUCUUAUCGAUGCAAAUACGCUUUGUAGGGUUUCAAGCAGUUCAAAGUUCCGAGCAUAUGGGUGCUUUGAUAGUCUUUGUAUUCUUACAAUGUUACUGCUUUGUGAACUGGAUUCGUUCGUUGGUUCCCAGAGAUGUAUUUGUCACCCUUUAUAGAAUAUUCUUUUUGGCUGUAGGUGCCAUGUUCAUGUUGGCAGCUUUUCUAGCAACCGCUACUGGCUAUUUGGGUCCUUGGACAGGUCGUUUCUAUUCCUUGUUGGAUCCGACUUAUGCUUCUAAACAUAUUCCAAUCAUUGCUUCCGUUGCUGAACAUCAACCAACUGCAUGGGGUUCUUAUUUCUUUGAUCUUCAUAUUCUUAGUAUGUUGGUACCAGCAGGUAUUUACUUUUGUUUCCAAAAUGUAAACGAUGGCGUGAUAUUUUUGAUUCUUUAUGGAAGUUUUGCUGCCUAUUUUGCUGGAGUUAUGGUCCGAUUGAUGUUGGUAUUGGCACCAGCUGCUUGUGUGUUAAGUGGAAUAGCAUUUUCCAAAUUGUUGGUUCCUAAUGUUGCACAAUUACGAAAAUGGGAACAAAAGAAGGAUGAGUCUCAAUGGAGUGAAAUAAAAGGAGUGGCAUCGUCUUGGAUUGGGGUCGUCAGGAGAUUCUAUUGUCUUGAUUCGGGUGUUGACUUAUAUUCUUUUGGGUGGUUGGAAGUGUUGGUAUUGUUUUCUUCUGGGUGGUUCGUUGUUGUUAUUGUUUGCUUCUGCGCGUCAUUGUGUUUGGUUCGGCUUCGUAUUGCGUGUUCAGAACCUUCCUUUCGUAGUAGUUGGUUGCGAUACAAUACCAAAGUAGAUGCUAAGAUAUUGAGUUGGUGGGAUUAUGGAUAUCAAAUAUCGGGAUUUGCCAAUCGAACUGUUAUUGUAGAUAACAAUACAUGGAAUAAUUCUCAUAUUGCGACAGUUGGAAGAGUCUUGAAUUCACCAGAAAGAAAGGCUUUUCAAAUAUGCAAAAAGUUGGAUGUCGAUUAUGUGUUGGUCAUAUUUGGUGGUGCAUUGGGAUAUAGUUCAGAUGAUAUCAACAAGUUUCUAUGGCCGAUUCGAAUUUCACAUUCGGUUGAUUCGACGGUGGAUGAAAGUGCAUAUCUUACCGCAGAUGGAAAUUAUCGUGUGGGUGAAGGAGCAGGUCCAGCUCUAGUGGAGUCCUUGAUGUAUAAGCUUUGUUAUUAUCGAUUUGGUGAAGUUCAGUUUGAUCGUGGAAAUCCAGCAGGUUAUGAUAAGGUCCGAGGUGAAGUUAUAGCGAAAAAGAAAUUCAAGCUCCGUUAUUUUGAAGAGGCAUUUACCAGUCGUAACUGGUUGGUUCGCAUUUAUCAUGUGAAGGAUUUGCCCAAUAUUGGUUAGUAUUGGGUUAGCUAUAGCAAGAAAAGAUGUGAAGUUGGCAACUUUCUCAUCGAAUGGACUCCGAUAUAUUGUUGGACAUGAUUUGCACCAGUCUCCCCAAUACCCUUUUUUUGAUUGUAUUCGGUUGAUACUUUUGUAAAACUUCUUCUUGUCCUUUUCUCGCUUUUGCUUUGGCCUGCAAUGGCUUUUCCAUUACAUUUCUCAUUAUUUGUCUAAGUUUUU